CAGAGGAGGUUAUAGACUUUGCAUAAUAUGAGCCUCUGAUUACCCGCCCUGUGCUGUUUUAUGCUCUCGGCUUUAUUGUUCUUGGGUGGAGAGUUACCCUCCUGUGACCCAUGGAUGUCUUUAACUGCCCCUCCUGCCAGCAGGCCCUCUGGGACCCUGUAACUGUAAGAUGCGGCCACUCUUUCUGCAAAGGGUGCUUGCGGAGGCCAGCAGUGGACAGGUGCCACGUUUGCAAGCAGAAGCUGAAGCCCAGGGGUGCCCAGGAGCUGAAAUGUAACACCCUUUUAUGCAACUUGCUGGAGAAGUGCCUGCAGAGCGAAACCAGACUGAACAGGGUGAGAAGCGACCUGCGCGAUCUGCUCUCACUCCAGGUCCACGAAGAGGCAGCAAAAGUGGCCUCCAGAGGAGUUGCGAUGGGGAGGAAAGAAGAAAAAAGACAAGCAUUAGAAGAACAAAAGUGAUACAAUGUUGCUGGAACAUGCAUUUAACAAACCUCCAUUAUACUUAGUAAUGCGCUUCUGCAUGUGUGUUUGUAAAUAGUCUGCAAUGUAUAUACUGAUCUUUACUUAAAGGUCAUGGGUUUUCAGAAUAAAACCUUAAACAAACUUGUUGAAGUAUUCCAA